GGAGUUUCAAUUAAUUAAUUUGACUAAAUGAAGCUAUCAAGUAGAGCAGUGAUUCUUCAUCACUUAGUUAGCAGAGUAUUAGCGCUAACGUUUUUCUGUAAAACAGAAACAAUAAAUGCAUUCUAGUUUUUGCUGCAUGGUCUCAGUUCCAAGAAGUGAGAUGUGUUAUUGUGGUUGCGCAUUGCAAGUUUUUCAAUCCCCCACACAUUUCCUGAUAAUGACCAAGUUGCUCGAAAAUGCGCAAUAAAAAUCUGUACCAACCGAUGCAUGCCUUUGUCACUUGUAUCUGUAGCAACCUCUUUCACUUUGGCAGCUUACUUUUAAUAGCAAUCGAGUGUGAAGUCCGGACAGAACCGGCUGUUAUGUUUUUGUAACCCGGGAUUGGAAAUAAGAAUUCCGAUUUUAUGAUUCAUCGCUUGAAAACGUUGCACAUACCACAGACCCUCAGACUCUCUUGCACGUUGUUUGGUAGAUAAUAAAAAAACAGGAAGAACGUUUGUUGCGCGUGCGGACGUUUGCAAGUCAACAUCUUGAUGCAGGGCUCAUCAAGUCUUAAUUCCUCUUAGAAACAGGAUGUGAAACAGCAGGAUCGGGGUCUGACGUUAGUGUUGGAGAAAUAGUCCCCACACUACUUCCUAAACCGACAGCUCUGCCGACGACGCUAUUGCUACAGACAUGAACGGAUCUAACAACUGGACGUGGUGUCAAUUAGCUAAAGAGUAUAGGAAAUGUUUACUGGGCGCUAAAUGGUAAUAAGUUGUUGACAAUUAUUGUUGUGAUAUUUGCGUAUAGUGCCGACCGCCCAACUAGCCUGCGACUGCCAUUCUCUCGUGCCUGUUGGACAACACCAGACGCUGCAGUUUAGACAAUUCCAAACGCAGCGAGACACUCUAGUCUCUUAUAGCGAGACUGAGUCUCCAUGGAGCCGCCUGUCUGGGUUUCCCGACGCUGGCCAUAUGGCUGCUUUUAGCUUAAUUAUGCACACGAGGUGGAGUCCCUUUCCCGUGUCUGAUUGCAGUCGGCUUGCACGUGUCCGGGUGUCAUAUCAAUUGUGGCAGCUCGUUGGAAAGCUGGAACCAUGAGUAACAUUCCAGCAUCAUUUUGUCGCAACUUGAUACAUUAAGUGAACCGUAAGGUCGCAGUUCCGGUUUCCGAAACAGACUUUGCUGCGCCCUCUGCAAAUCUUUUGCGGAUAGGGAACACUUUGCGUAGGCGUGUUAAGUCCUGGCGAUUGUCGGUUAGUAUGGACUAGACGUAUGACUCAAUCUAAUAAUUUUAGCUUGUUUGAGUGGGUUCGCUUGCUGCUUUGUUUCCUGUAGUCGCUCUCAUACUGAAGGCGCGAUAGCCUUUGUAGGCUGACUCUAAUGUGGUCAGACGCAAUCAAGGUUGACAGAACGAGUUGGUUAGCAGGUGCUGGUGGGUGGAGCUAAGAUUAGUCUGCUAUGAUAAGUUGUUAGGGACACACGUGGCGACUAAUCGAAUCGUGUUGGUGGGAAGGGCCUGGGGAAUAUAAGGAGAACACUUUGAAUACGACAUUCAGUUCGCAACUCGCUUCCCAUCGAGUCGAUAGGUGGUUGAACACUUACGUUUUUCCUUUACAAUAUUGAACUACUUGUUGGAAGGAAGACGUCACGACUAGCGUCAUAUCCGUGGGCUGAUAUAUUGACAACGACACUACACGCCUCGCUCAUUUUGUUGUGUGUCAUUGGAAAGAAUGGGUGCUACAGUAUCGCUUUCUACGACAUCGAGAUCGGACGCGUUGUCCAAGAAGAAUCUUCCCGCGUCGGCCAAGAAACUUAAACGAGGUCUGGCUAUCGUCUCGGAUCCGCUCGGCAGCAUCAAGCGCUGGUCGGCCAAAAUGAAACAGAGGAAGGCUGCACGACUACAACAACAGCAGCAGCAGCAGUCACAGCGAGUGCACACGCUGAGUUCGAACGAACUGAUGCAGCGAUUUUCGAAAUCGAUUUGUCGACAGUGCGACAGCCGAAUGAAAGUCGUGCCGAACGACAUCGAACGCUGGAUUCGAUCUGUCGACGAGACUCUCAUCAUGCAAGGCUGGCAGGAUCACGAGUACGUAUCGGAGUCGAGUCUUGUCUUCAUGUACAUGAUGGCGAAGGCGACGUGCACCGAGUCGCAAGUAAGCAGUCUGCAAGACCUCAAGAUGACCGUCCUCAUCUGUCUCUUUCUCGGAUUUUCCUACACCGGCAAUGAGAUCAGCUACCCGCUCAAGCCGUUUCUCUGCACCGCUGACAAGAAACUGUUCUGGGACAGAUGUAUGCAGAUCACACUCAACAUGAGCAGCCAAAUGCUCAGAUUGAACAGUGACUCGGACUACUACCAUACGAUCAGACAAGAGUUGUAUAGUCAGUAGAGACUCCUACAGUCUCUCUCCACAGCUUUAUUUUUUACAUUUGUAUUUGCGCAGCGCGUGUGUACAGAUCAGAGGACCUAACUUGAUUAUGCAUUUGAAGUGAACUGACGAGAGCAGGUGCCGCAGCAAAAGCUGCGGUUUUGUACAUAUUUCUGCAGUAUCUGCAGUAAAAACCGCGUUUUAGCAUUAACAUCUCUAAAUACAACAAUACAAGUUUGAAUCUCAGUAA